AUGGGAAAAUCAAAGGAGAAGCGCGCUGCAAAGCCCGAGUCGCCUAAUAAAAGCGCAAAGUCUGCCAAUUCCUUCAUCAAAGUCGACAAGGCCGCGUUUGAUCCCGCCCUAGCCUCGUUGUUUGCAAGCAGUGCGGGACCAGUUCAGCCACCUCCAAAGUCUCGGUACCAGGCGCGCAUACAGAAGCAAACGACCGAAGAGUCGAGCGAAGAGGAAGAUGAGGGCGAUGCCAACGAUGCUGAACUAAGUUCGGCAUCUGGCAGUUUACCCUCGGAUGAUGAGGACGAAGAGGAUAAAGACGAGGAUGAGGAUGAGGACAUGUCGGAUGCCAGUGGCAACGAAGAGCCUGAGAGUGAGAUCAUUCUAGCAAAAGUGCGCGAGUCGGGGUUGGACGGGACACAGGAUAAGCAGAAGAAGCGAAAACGGGGAAACAAGGAGGAGAUUGAAGAUGCGUACAUGCGGAAGCUGGCACAGGAAGAAGAGAAGGAAGAGCAACAGAGGCAGAAAAAGCGCAAGACCAAAGAAGUUGUUAACGAUGAUGAGGAUGAGGAUGCAGACAAGGACGACAAGUCCUCUGACGACGCCGAAGAUAACGAUAUUGAAGAUGGUGACACCAAAGGGGACUCUGGUGAGGCCGAAAAGACCUUUACCAUUCCCAAGCACGAGUCACUCAUGGAGGCAACCGACGGCAGCGCAGCAGAAGUGGAAAAGGCGGCCCGCACUGUCUUCCUUUCCAACGUGUCCACCGAGUGCAUCAACUCCAAGUCGGCAGAAAAGACCUUAAAGAAGCAUCUCGAGUCCUUCAUUGCUGAUCUUGCAGACAAUAACCCCCCACACAAGAUUGAAUCAAUACGUUUCCGCUCUACAGCUUUUGGCAGUUCGCUCCCUAAGCGCGCUGCUUUCGCAAAGAAGGACAUUAUGGACGCAACAACAAAAAGCACAAAUGCUUACGCAGUCUAUACGACAAAGGUGGCCGCAAGAGAAGCCGUCAAGCGACUCAAUGGCUCCGUCCUACUCAAUCGCCAUUUGCACGUCGAUUCGGUCGCUCACCCAGUAAAGGUCGACCAUCGCCGCUGCGUUUUCGUGGGUAAUCUUCCUUUUGUAGACGACGAAUCACAGAUGCCUGUGGCCGAAGGCGAGAAGCCCAAGAAGAAUAAGCCUUCAUCUGAUGUCGAAGAGGGUCUAUGGGUCCAUCUCUCCAAAUGCGGCACCAUUGAAAGCGUGCGCGUAGUUCGCGAUGCAAAGACCAGAGUAGGCAAGGGCUUCGCCUAUGUGCAGUUCACAGACGAGAAUGGCGUCGAGGCCGCCCUGCAACUCAACGAGAAGAACUUCCCCCCAAUGCUUCCCCGUAAGCUCCGCAUCACGCGUUGCAAGGCUGAGAAGAAGAAGGACAAGCCGCGUGGACCUCCGCCCUCGUCGCAAAAAUCGCCCAAAGCCAACGGCAAAGCGGGCUAUACACCCAAGUUGAGCGAAGAGCAGAAAUCGCUGCAGGGUCGCGCGCGCUCCAUGUUGGGCAAAGUCGCAAAGGCGCAGACAAAGGAGGGUUUUGUAUUUGAGGGUCACAGAGCGAGUGAGAGACAGGGCAAGAGUGGCCUCAAGUUCAAGGGUAGCGGCGGAGGCAAGAAAAAGGGUCCCAACGGACGUAAAAGUAGAAGUGCGGGGUGGAAGAAAUCCGGUGGGAAGAAGUAA